UCCCGAGACAGGAGAAUCAAGAAGGGGAACAGUAGUUCAUGGAAGACAAGAAAAAGAAGAAAGAAGAUAAAAAGAAAAGGGAAACCUCUCAGAAGGUGCCAGAACCGAAAAUCAAAGUGCCAGAAUCAGCCAAGCCCUCCUCUUCCCAGCCACUCGCAACCCCAGGCUCAGUGUCCCCCAGCCCUGGCCCCGUUGCCCCCUCAUCCCCCAGUCCUGGUGCAGUUGGGGUUUCUGCCCAAGUUCCUCCUGGUGGCGGGAACAAUGCAAAGCAGCGGACUGCUGUGGCCAACGGACAGCCCUCCUCCUCCGUCUCUGGAAGUCAGACCUCCCAGCAGCAGCGAUACAUGUCUAGAGAGGUUCCUCCGAGAUUUCGCUGCCAGCAGGACCAUAAAGUGCUACUGAAGAGGGGCCAGCCACCGCUGUCCUCCAUGCUGCUGGGUGGAGGAGGGGGGGAAGGGGGUGCAGGAGGGGUUGGAGGAGGCAGCGGCUGGGCAGGCGCCCCACCUCUUCCGUCGCAGGGAGCAGAUAACCCCAAUGCAAACACAGCUGGAGGCACAGAUUCCAACCUGGGUUCAUCUUCCCCUUCACCUCCCAACUCCUCAUCAUCCUCAUUAUGUGUCGCUGCUCUGUCGUCGUCUUCUAAUACUACUACUUCAACUUAUGCAAAUUCCACAUGGGGGGCAGGCUCUGGCAGCCAGUCCUCCUCUCAGGGCUGCGGAAAGGUGAUUGUGGAUGGGACUGACCUGGAGGACUGGCCCAGCAUCAUAAGCGGGGCCAAAUUGAGUUCUGAUGGGGCUGGAGGAGGGGUGCAGGAGCAAGACUGCCCCGGUAACAACAACAACAGUAGUGCCUCAUGGAGUGAGAGAAACAUCCAGCAGGGAGGAGGAGCAGGGAACAUGGACAAUCCUUCCCCACCUCGUUCUUCUCCUCUUUCCUCCUCUUCCUCACUUAAUGAAUGUGUUCAGUCAAGUGGUGGUGUGUGGGUCUCUUCCACCUCAUCUCAGGUGGAGGCAGGGCUAGGAUCAGCAGCAUUUUACAAUUCCAAAGUCUCCCAUCUUCUUCCUGGGCCUCAGGAGAGCCCUGUGGGUGGCAGCAGCAGUGUCACUGGUGCCAAUUUCAACCCCAACGUGAACCCCUCCGCUUGGCCCGCCCUGGUGCAGACUGGGACAUCAACUUCGGCUAGCGACAGCCUUCCACUACACUCGUCCAUUACUUCAGCUUCCUCAUUCUCUGCCAGCACCGCCCUCAUCACCACUCACACGCUUUCAUCUGUGAAUCAAUCUGGUCUCUAUCAGCAGCACACUGAAACAGCUGUGGGAGCCAGGAGUGGAGAACAGCAGCAGCAGCAGCAGCAGCACUUAGGAAACCCUGGGCCGGAGCUGUGUUCAGGUGGGGGAGCACGAGAAGCAGGACCAAAUCAAGAAGGUGGCAGUGACGGAGACUGUGGAGUUGCUAGUGAAGGAGAAGGAGGUGGUAAUCUUUCUGGCUCUUCAUCUUCCUCCUCUGCUGCCUCUUCUUCUUGGAGAUCGAUGCCUCCAGUGUCCACUGAUCUCAGUGCGGGUGCCUCGCAGGCAGAUGGGUGGGGCGGAGGAGGGGCUGGAGCUCAGGGGCAGGAAGGGAAUGUUUGGGGCUUUGGUAGCCAGGGUGAUAAGGCAGGGUGGAGCAGGGGAAAUGGUGGUGGUUCAACUACCCCAGUGGUAUCUCAGGGAGCGUGGGAAGGAAGCAGUUCAGAAGCAGAGUGGGGUGGUACUACAGAAGGUGUAAGUUCGAGUCAUUUAGCAAUAGGAAGUGGAAGAGGAGGAGACGGGAGCAGCAUCAGCAGUAGUGCAGGCAGUGUAGGUAUCGGAGGCAGCAGUUUGGAGGAGUCUGCCUCACCAAAGUUUGCAACUAUUACAAAAGCUUGGGACAAUCAGAAAGGGAUGGAAGGUGGGGAUGGAGCAGUUGGCGAGUGGGGAGGAGGAGGGCAGGGUGGAGGCACUGGAGGUGGUGGACCCUCAUCCUCCAGUGGAGGAGGAUCCAUAGCUGGAAGUGGUGGAGAAGGGAGUGGUAGCGGACAUAAACAAGAGCGAUCCUCGUCUGUGCGCCACCGCUCCCACCAGACCGCCAAUGCUGAAGUGGCCUUACAUAGCAUGCUCAAUCGAUCCGACCUGGACCCCAGGGUUCUGUCUAACACGGGCUGGGGGCAGACCCAGAUUCGACAGAACGUGGCCUGGGACUUGGACACCACAACAGGAGUAGGGAACAGAAAUGAAAGAAACACUUCAUCUUCCUCUGCAUUCUCAUCAGCAACCAUGAACACUACCACUAGUCGCAGUCCUGGGUACCCGUCUAACACUGGUUCAGUAACUAAUGACACAUCUGCUGGCAGUCACACCACCAGCCUGAGCUCUGGCCCUGCUACAGUGAGGGAUGGCUGGGAUGGUGGUGCUACCCAGUCCAGCUGUGGUCCUCACAUGCCUAGUAGCUCUAUAAGGAAGCCAGGAUCUCCAGAAGAAGAAGAGGGCAACCCAAGUAAGGCAGCUGGAGGCUGGGGUGAUCUCCCACCUGAAAGCCAGGGGAAAGGGUGGGGGACUGAAGAAAAACAAUGGGGAGGUCGCAGAGGAGGAGGAGGAGGUGGAGGAGGAGGAAACUGGAGAGACUUUGGAGAACAGGGUAGUGGGUGGGUGGAUGGUCCAGAGGAUAAAGAUACAGGGGGCUGGAAGGGGACUGGAAGAGGGGAGACAGGUGGUUGGGGAGGACAGUCUGGAGGAGGAGGAGGAGGAGGAGGAGGAGGAGGAGGAGACUGGGGACAGAGAGACUCUACACAUGGAGGAGGGUGGGGAGAUGGGAAAAGUAGAGGUGGAAGCAAUUCUGAUGAGGGAUCUUCCUGGGGUAAUAUAGAUGAAGGGGGAUCUCAGCGUGGAGGAUGGGGAGGAGGAGAUGUGGGUGGAGGCAAAUCCCACCAGGACUGGGGGAGUGCCAAGACCCACACAGCAGCAGCACAGAUACCAAACAGCCAAGUGGCACCAAUUAAAGCUCCAAAUCAACAGCAGCACCAAUCACAGGGCCAGCAACCACCAGGAGGUCCAAUGCAAGGUGGGUGGAACAGCCGGUCAAAUGUUGGAGGUGGAGGUCCACCUUCCAAGAAUCAGAACCAAAGUUCGGGCUGGACCGCUGGCCCGAUCCCCCAAAUCUCUGGGGGUGGGGGUGAUUCCCUGGAGCCCAGUGGCUGGGAAGAACCUUCCCCCCAGUCCAUCAGUCGCAAAAUGGAAAUUGAUGAUGGCACGUCAGCCUGGGGCGACCCAACCCGCUACAACAGCAAGAAUGUGAACUUGUGGGACAAGAACAGUGCUACGCCAGGCCAAAGCCAUGGUCAGCAGGCCCCACCACCACCACCGCCGCCAGCCAUGCAGCAACAGGCACCGAGGAGGCAGCAGAGCAUGCAGCACAGCAGUAAUGCAAACCCUGGCAAUAGUGCAGUGGGUCCAGGUAUGUGGGGUGGAGGCACGCAAACUGUGGAUAAUGGUACAGCUGCAUGGGGCCAGGCGUCAGAGGCAGCAACAGGUUGGGGUGAUCCAGAAGAACCUGGCAAAGUUUCUGGCUGGGGCAACCCCUGUAAACCUGGCACUAAGUCAAUGGAAAGCUGGGGUGGGAAGGGAGAUGGCUCUAUUGCAGCGUCCCGUCACCCCAGCUGGGACGAGGACGAUGAUGGCGGCGGAGGGGUCUGGAACAGCGCUGGCUCCCAGGGAAGUGGCUCCUCCUUCAACUCUGGAGGCUGGGGUCAGACUCACGGAGGAAAGAGAGGCAAUAUCAAGAGUGGAGGCGACAGCUGGAUGAACCCGGUGUCACGCCAGUUUUCAAAUAUGGGUCUUCUGGGCGAUGAUCCAGUUGUCGACAAAAAGAUGGAAGGAGACAAGAGAGGAAUAACUGACUAUAAUGGAGAGAUGCGGAGGGGAGGAAGAGGUGGAGGAGGUUACCGCAUGCCUAGUUCCAAAGACAUGGGGCCUGUUGACAUGGGGCCCUACGGGGAAAAGAUGGGUGGCCACGGAGUGUUUGUCGGCAGUGGCGGAGGGAUGCCUCAGCCUCGAGGGAUGCACCAGCCUGGCAUGCAUCCGAUGAACCCCUCCCAGGGGUUACGUGCUCAAGUGCCUCAUCAGUUCCUGUCUGCUCAGGUGCCGGGUCCCAUGCUGAAGCAGAUGCCCUCUCCUGGCGGCAGUGUGGGUGGAGUAGUCGGGGGAGUUGGAGGUGUUGGUGGAGUUGGAAGUGUCGGAGGGGUGGGUGGUGUUGGAGGAGGGGUGUUCCCUCCUCAGAUUUCCCCACAGCAGCUCGCAAUGCUCAGCAACAUUUACCCCCACAUGCAGCAGUUUCAUCUGGCUUGUCAGCUUCUGCUACAACAGCAGCAACAGCAGCAGCAGCAGCAGCUCCUGCAGAACCAGAGGAAGUUCCCUCAACCUCAGCCUCUCAGGCAGCAGCCAGACCCACAGCAGCUGACGAGGAUUAUGGCUAUUCUGCAGCAGCAGAGACAGCAUCAGCAGGGUGGAGUUGGAGGAGCAGCAACAGGAGGAGGGAGCUCCAAACUGUCCCCCUCUCACCUGGGAGGAGGCCUGUCCAAACAGGCCAUGGUAGAGCCCCUUCCACAUCCUGGAAUCGGGGGGCCCCUAUCAGACCUUCAUGCCAAAACGCAAGGGAUGUACUCUGGUCUUACACCUGGUGGCAACCUGUCAGGACUGGAACUCAGUCCCAUGAUGGGAGGGAUGAAGGACAUGGGAGGACAGCAAUCCCGGUUCAAAUGGAUGAUGGAGGGACACUCCCCAGCUCCCUCACCACCUGACACAACCCUUCACAAAAAUGGCCCUUUACCCACUGGUAUAAAGGUUAGAGGAGGGUCCCCUUACUCCCAGUAUGAAAUGCUGGGCAGUGAUGGUUUAGGGAUUCCCCCUCAGGGCUCGGCAGACAACUGGCACCGGACCCCAGGAAGUAAAAUGGGGAACAAACCCACUACAUCUAGCUGGCCUCCAGAGUUCCAGCCCGGUGUGCCCUGGAAGGGAAUACAGAGCAGUGGAGACCCAGAGUCUGAUCCCUAUAUGACCCCUGGUAGUGUUCUGGGCUCCCCAGGAUCCCCGAGCCUCAACGACUCUGACCACCAGUUACUGCGAGACAACAUAGGGCCAAACCCCUCCCUCAACACCUCGCUGCCUUCACCUGGUGCCUGGCCCUACAGUGCCUCAGACAGCCCCCUCAGCAAUGCACACAGCACAGGAAAGUACUCGGAGUACAAGCCCAGCUGGCCUCCAGAGCCCAUCGGACAAAACAAGUUGUGGAAGACCAAUCGCAACAGCUCACAGCUGCCACGCCCCCCUCCUGGUCUAACCAAUCAGAAGCAGGCCUCGCCCUCCCCAUGGGGUACUGGAGGUCCACGGUUGGCUCGGAGCUGGGGAGGGGGUGGGAUGAAUCAAGAGUCAAGAUUUGGGCCAGGCUCAGCUUGGAGUGAUUGUGUUGCCUCCAGAGGCAGCUGUUGGUUGCUGCUGAGCAACCUGACCCCUCAGAUCGAUGGCUCCACGCUGAGGACUAUCUGUAUGCAGCAUGGCCCCCUGCUGACCUUCCACCUUGGCCUGACCCAGGGCAGCGCUCUCAUUCGUUACAGCAGCCGGCAGGAAGCAGCCAAGGCCCAGGGUGCACUGCACAUGUGUGUUCUGGGCAACACCACAAUCCUGGCGGAGUUUGUGAGUGAAGAAGAAGUUGCUCGCUAUUUUGCACAUUCCCAGGCCGGAGGGGCAGAGGGAGCCAGCUCAGGAGGAGCGGCGGCUGGUGGGACGCAGGGUUCAUCUGGAACAGGCACCACUGUGGCCAGCAGUGGAGGGAGCUCCCCUGGGAGUGAGCGGGCAGCAGUGGGCGCAGCUUCAGGUGGAAAUGGAAACGGUGGCGGAGGAGGGGAGAGCGGAGCAGCGGUUCUAACUAGUGUGAGAUCCUCUGGCUCUGGCUGGCAGAGUCUCGAUGGUACAGGCAGUUCAUCAGAAACCUCUUCAGCCCAAGGACCUGGGCUGGGGAUCUUUUCCCAGUGGAGCACCAACGGCGCGGGCGAGGGAGGAGGCGUUGGGGGAGUAGAGUCUGGGAGGUCUGGGCUAUGGGGGGGCAUGACUGCAGGAUACCCCAGCAGCAGCCUGUGGGGGGCACCGCAGAUGGAGGAAAGGCACCAAAUGGACAGCCCUGCCGGAUUGUUGCCCGGCGACCUGCUGGGGGGAGGAGCUGACUCCAUCUGACGAGCCCCUCCGUUUGUACGUGUAGGUUUGGACACACUGAUACAGCAUACACUGGGAUACAUAUGUACUUACUAUGGCACACACACACAGACACAUUUACAUUGUAUGCAUAUUAAUGUACUACACAUAUACACACACAUGUGCAUACAUAUACACGGUAUGCAUAUUAAUGUGCACACACAACGCAGAAAUGUGAGACAUGCUUACACACAUUCUCGUGGCCAGACUUAAGCUAUUAUAUAAACAAAUGCAGGGACUGUUAGAUGUGUAUACAGCCUUUUUCCACAGAUGAAGAUUUCAACUGCUUAGACUUGAAACCUGAAAAAGAAUGAAAAGUCAGUUGGUCUGAAAGACUUGACUGGAUCGCAAUGUGCUUAGUAAAUAGGGGACUUUUCGACAGAUUUACAUACACAUGCACACACCAAAUACAGAGAAGCCUUCAGACAGAUAGGCACUGUAAACAGCAUUACCUUCAUCGUAUAAGAGAACUUAAAACUACUACAUGAUGUGAGGUUAAAAGUGCAGUUUGUAUUCACAUCCCCUUAAAGACGGAGAUCGAAUCCAAACAAAUGCAAACAGCUCUGAUUGACAACAGAACUGUAUCUUACUGUGUUAAGUUUGUUUGUUUUUUUUCCGUUUGUUUGUAUGUAUGGUUUUAAUUUUUGAACAGUGAAAAUAUUGAAAAAUGUCAUUGUUCUGUUUUCAAAAUGCUGACCUCCUACUGUUGUAUCUCACGCACUCUUUCUCUGUUAUUCUCUCUUGAACCUGUUUGUUACUGUUGCAGUGAUAAAUGUUAAAUUGCUGGCAGUUUGAGGCUAUGAUGCAUUUCUCCAUGUGUCGACACUGUGCGCAGUGUCACACACAUUAUAUGAGUAUGAGUGAGACUGAGACCAAGUAAGUGGAUUAAACCACCGCAGUCGUUGUGCGUGUGUGUGAAUGUGAGGAUAAUGUGUGUGCAUGUUAAUGCCUGUCAUAAUGUGGGCAAGGCUGCUUACUAUACAGAAGGUCUAUACAAAAAUGUUUUGAGUGCAUUCGGUAUACUGCUGACUGUGUGUUAAGAAAUAUUGGCACUAAUGCUUAUUUUUUUUCUCUCAUUUGAAGUUGUUUGUUUUUUUAGCAGACUUGUCUUUUUUAUUGUCCGACCUGCAAUAAUAAAAAAGAACAUUUUAAAUGACACAAAGAGCUGAAGGCAUACGCGUUGAGAAAAUGGACAUGCCAAAUCUUAUCAAACUGUGUGGAGUGGGCGGGAGGGGCGGGCUGGGGGUUGUUUACAGAUGCAGAGUAAGCGUUACCGUACGUUUUUAAUGUUCUGUUGUUGUGUAUUCGUUUUAAAUUAAGACAGGCUUUAACACUCCUGUUCAGUGUUUUCGUUUUGAGAUUUUACAAAAGAAAAAUUUAUUUAAACAAAUGAGAACAAGAUUAAUAAAGACGAAAGUAUUGGCUUCUAA